AACAACAGCACCAACAACAACAGCACCAACAACAGCACCAACAACAACAGCACCAACAACAACACACCCAACAACACCAGCAUCAACAGCACCAACAACAGCACCAACAACAGCACCAACAAAAACAGCACCAACAACAGCACCAACAACAGCACCAACAACAGCACCAACAACAACACAAACAACAGCACCAACAACAGCACCACCAACAACAGCACCAAUAACAACAGCACCAACAACAGCACCAACAACAACAGCACCAACAACAGCACCAACAACAGCACCAACAACACACCAACAACAACACAAACCAACAACAGCACCAACAACAGCACCAACAACAACAGCACCAACAACAACAGCACCAACAACAGCACCAACAACAACAGCACCAACCAACAACAACAGCACCAACAACAGCACCAAAAAAAACACACCAACAACAACACCAACAACAGCACCAACAACAGCACCAACAACAGCACCAACAACAGCACCAACAACAGCACCACAACAACAGCCACCAACAACAGCACCAACAACAGCACCAACAACAACAGCACCAAAACAACACACAACAACAGCACCAACAACAGCACCAACAACAGCACCAACAACAACAGCACCAACAACAGCACCAACAACAACAGCACCAACAACAACAGCACC